AUGGUCGACUAUCUUGCUCCAAACGGUUUGAAUGUCAAGCUACCAUCAUAUGUCUUCUGCUCUGCGGAGAAAGCUCAGCAUCACGCCGAACAGACUCGCCGAGGGCUUUAUUCACUCCACCGCAUGGAGAUCUUUUGGCGAGACAGACAACCGUACCUUGAGAGCAGUGGCUACAAGUUGCGGCCUCGAUAUGACCCAAACUGGACGCCAUCAUGGAUGGGAACUAAUUUGAAUCCUACAUUCUGCGAAGAUUCUAUCAUGUUGAUGAACGACUGUGUGAUUGACGCAGUUCGAAAAGAAGACGGAGUUCUCGUAUCGAUUAAGACGGUAGAACGAGAUAGUAUAGAAGUUCGCAUCGCGAGCUAUCUCUCCAGACCAGCAGUAGCUUCACAUCCCGAUAAUCACUGUGUGCCCGUGUUCGAAGUCUUCCCAGACCCCGUUGACGACAAGACAGCAUUCAUGGUCAUGCCAUUUCUUUGUCCGUUUGACGAUCCUGACUUCGGUGCCAUCGGGGAAGUAACCGAAUUUGUACGACAAACGUUGGAGGGCUUGUGUUUUCUGCACAGUCAAGGUGUUGCGCACCGGGACUGUGCAUCUGCUAAUAUUAUGAUGGAUGGCACGGCGUUGUAUCCAAAGGGUCAUCAUCCCGUGCGCCUUGAGAGCAGUCCGGAUGGGAUCUACCUCUUAUCACCGCUAUCUCGCAUUGACCAUCCCGUGCGAUACUACUUCAUCGACUUUGGCAUUUCCUCCCUGUUCGCGGAAGGCGAAUCGUCUUACGUUGUCGGGCGGAAGGGACGAGACAAGGAGUUACCCGAGCUAUCUGCGGACGUUCCGUACAACGCGUACAAGGUCGACAUCUUCAUACUCGGCAAUCUGUACAAAAAAGACUUCAUGCAGAAGUAUCACGGUCUUGAUUUUCUUGAGCCCCUUGUGAAGGCUAUGACCGCACGAGCCCCUGCACAUCGCCCUGAUGCGGAGGUCGCGCUGUCGAUAUAUCACGACAUUCGUCGCGGGCUGGAUCCUUCGCUGCUGCGCUGGCGGCUCCGGCCCCGAGACGAAUCAGCGCCCGAACGCAUACUGUAUGACUCUGUCGCCGUUGCGCGCGAAGGUAUGUACCGCCUCAGGCAUAUCGUUGGCUAG